AUGGCUUUACCUCUCCUACCCAUCUCUCUAACCCUCCUCUUCAUCUUCCUCUCUUACUAUCUCUACCAAAAGCUCAAAUUCAAGCUCCCACCGGGCCCCCGCCCGCUUCCAAUCGUCGGCAACCUGUACGACAUAAAACCGGUGAGGUUCCGGUGCUUUGCGGAUUGGGCCCAAGUCUACGGCCCAAUUAUAUCGGUUUGGUUCGGCUCGACACUGAACGUGAUAGUUUCGAGCUCAGAGUUGGCUAAAGAAGUGCUUAAAGAACAUGAUCAACAAUUGGCUGAUCGGCAUCGGAGCCGAUCGGCGGCUAAGUUUAGCCGAGAUGGGCAGGACCUUAUUUGGGCCGACUAUGGGCCUCACUAUGUUAAGGUUAGGAAGGUUUGUAACCUUGAAUUGUUUACUCCAAAGAGGCUUGAAGCUCUUAGACCUAUUAGGGAAGAUGAAGUUACUGCCAUGAUUGAGUCCAUCUUCAAUGACUCCACCAACCCUGAUAACUAUGGGAAAACCUUGUUAGUGAAGAAAUAUUUGGGAGAAGUAGCAUUGAACAACAUAACAAGACUAGCAUUUGGAAAACGUUUUAUGAAUUCAGAGGGGGUGAUGGAUGAGCAAGGUCUUGAAUUCAAGGCUAUUGGAGCCAACGGGGUCAAGCUCGGAGCAUCGCCUGCCAUGGCAGAGCACAUUCCAUGGCUUCGUUGGAUGUUCCCUCUCGAGGAAGAGGCCUUCGCCAAGCAUGGUGCACGUAGGGACCGACUCACCAGAGCUAUCAUGGAAGAACACACGCUUGCUCGCCAGAAGAGUGGCGGUGCCCAACAGCAUUUUGUCGAUGCAUUGCUCACUCUGCAAGAGAAAUAUGAUCUUAGCGAGGACACCAUUAUUGGUCUCCUUUGGGACAUGAUCACUGCAGGCAUGGACACUACUGCUAUUUCGGUUGAGUGGGCAAUGGCUGAGCUGAUCAAGAAUCCGAGGGUGCAACAAAAAGCUCAAGAGGAGCUAGACCGUGUGAUUGGAUCUGAACGCGUCAUGAUUGAACCCGACUUCUCCAACCUCCCUUACCUACAAUGUAUAGCCAAAGAGUCAUUGAGGUUGCACCCUCCAACCCCAUUGAUGCUUCCCCACAGGGCCAACGCCAAUGUCAAGAUCGGUGGCUAUGACAUCCCUAAAGGGUCUAAUGUUCAUGUAAAUGUAUGGGCUGUAGCUCGUGAUCCAGCAGUUUGGAAAAACCCUAUGGAAUUCCGACCUGAACGAUUCUUUGAGGAGGAUGUUGAUAUGAAGGGUCAUGAUUACCGAUUAUUGCCUUUUGGAGCUGGGAGGCGUGUUUGCCCCGGUGCUCAACUUGGGAUCAACUUGGUAACAUCUAUGCUCGGUCACCUUCUACACCAUUUUGUCUGGACACCUUCGGAAGGGGUGAAACCAGAAGAGAUCGACAUGUCAGAGAACCCUGGAUUGGUUACCUACAUGAAGACCCCAGUACAAGCUGUUGCUAAACCAAGAUUGCCUGCUCACUUGUACAAACGCGUUGCUGAUGAUAUAUAAUUUUACUUGUUAUUUGUCAUUUUUAUUCCUAGGUUUUCAUCAUAAUUGAACUCUUAAUGAGAAUGUAAUGUGUUCCAAGUAAUUUGUGGGUGUACCAAAAUCAAAUAUACAAGCAUUUGUGCAGGUUGACAUCCCACCUGCCUUUUGCAUGUUUUUUUUUUGUUUCACUUGUGAUUAGUCUUCAUGUGCUUGCACUUCUUUAAAAUAUAGGGACAUUACUGCUCAUUUGUAUC